AAUAUUUAUGAAUUCUUCAUUGGGAGGACGCAAAUUCUCGAUGAUCUCGCGACUGCUAUUUCUCAGUCGCGAUCCCUAGCCGGAGAAAAACUUGAUGAUAUAAACCUUGAGUCCAUUGUUAGUAUCACCUAUCAGGUCCAGGCGGCAUUUCGCGUCAGACCAGUCACUCGCUGCUCAAGUAGUCUGCCUGGUCACACAGGUGCAAUAUUAGUUGCUCUUUUUUCACCGGACGCAAGGAUCUUGGCAACAGGUUCUGGUGAUGCAAGCGUACGUUUCUGGGAUUUAACGACAGAACUUGCUUCGGCCACAUGCUCUGAGGCGCAUCGUGCCCCAGUUUUAUGCCUUGCCUGGUCACCAGAUUCCAUUGUGUUGGCAUCUGGUUGUCAAGGCGGUGCUAUUUGCUUGUGGAAAGAAGAUAACAAUAGUUGGAAACUUUUGCAUAACCGAUCUCUUGAGCGGCCAUCUUUGUCAAAAUCGCCACUCGCUUCCAAAAGCAGAUGGAUUCGAUCUAUUGCUUGGCGCCCAAUUCACAUAGAUGCUGAAUGUCGUAUGCUCGCGGUUGCAUACCAAGAAUCCUCUAUUGUGAUUUGGGAUGCACUUUCAGGACAGCCCAAGCUCACUUUAACAGGUCACCAGAAGCCUGUAACCUUUCUUCGUUGGGGCGGAAGCGAUCUUAUUUACUCAGCAAGCCAAGACACGACAAUAAGAGUUUGGCGCCCUGAAGAUGGUGUAUUAUGUCGGAUAUUGAAUUUGCAUGGUCAUUGGGUAAAUUGUCUCGCACUUAGCACUGAUUACGUUCUUCGCACGGGACCAUUUGACCCCGCAAAAGCUGUGCUCGUUAAACUUCCUCCAACAAUUGAUUCAACAAGUAGUGGGCGUAAGCUUUCAUUUUAA